AUGCGCUUUUCUUCCCUCGGCCUCGCCCUCUCGGGCAUGGCUGCUGCCGUCUCAGCCCUCGACACCAUUGAGGUUGUCGGCAACAAGUUCUUCAAAAAGGAUGGUUCCCAAUUCUUCCUCAAAGGUGUUGCCUACCAACUUCGUCCCAGUGACCCUCUCAUCGACACCGAACAGUGCCAGCGGGAUGCCAAGCUCAUGAAAGAGCUUGGCGUCAACAGCAUCCGUGUCUAUCACGUCGACGCCUCUGCCAACCACGAUGGUUGCAUGAAGGCUUUUGAUGAAGCCGGGAUCUAUCUUCUUGUCGACCUUGACACGUUCGGCACAUACGUCGUUUCCACCGAUCUGCAUUGGAACCAGACACAGUACGACUCUUAUGCAGCCGUCAUGGAUACUUUCCACAACUACGACAACGUCCUUGGAUUUUUUGUCGGCAACGAGAACAUCGCCAAGAAGGAGGACUCGGUCGCUGCUCCAUAUAUCAAGGCCGCCGCCCGCGACAUGAAGGCUUAUCGCGACAAAAAGAACUACCGAAAAAUCCCCAUUGGCUACUCCGCCGCCGACAUUAUUGAGCUCCGCCCCAUGCUCCAAAACUACCUGACUUGCGGUGGCGACUCUGCCGACACGGUCGACUUCUUUGCCCUCAACUCGUACUCGUGGUGUGAUCCGGCCGAUUACAAGACGUCGAGCUAUAACCAGCUCCAGACCUAUGCCAAGGACUUCCCCAUCCCCAUCUUCUUCUCCGAGACUGGCUGCAACACGCCCGGCCCCCGCCUCUUUGCCGACCAGGAUGCCAUCUUUGGCAAGGACAUGAUCAACGACUGGAGCGGCUCCAUCAUCUACGAGUGGAUCGAGGAAGAGAACCACUACGGACUCAUCAGCUACGGCGCGUCCGGUGGUGAUGCGUCCAACACUGACGUCGAAGGCGGCUUUACCCGCAAAGGCACUCCCACUCCCGUCAGCCCUGAUUUUAACAAUCUCAAGAGCAAAUGGGCUACCAUCACGCCCACCGGCGUUCGCAAGUCUGACGUUGACCCCAAAACCCUGACCACUCCCGCCUGCCCUACUGCCACGAGUGGAGGUUGGUGGGCCAUUGAAGGAAACGUUCGCGUUCCUUCACUCGGAGAGACCCUGGCCGGGACUUAUACCUCUGUGCCAAGCGCUACUGUCGAUAGCCAGCCUCAGAGUACCGUCAAGGGAACGGACGGCAAGGAUGAUAGCAAGAGCGACGAUAAGGGCAAGAACGCCGCUUCCAAGGACGUGCAAAUCACAGUUCUUGGGUCUAGCAUUGCGGCUGUCAUUUUGUUCGCCGCUGUGGCAUUGUAA